AAACCCUUUGAUCAUUUUUCUGAGUGAGGCGUCAGUGCGUCAACAUGUCGCGUUUGGCCGUUUUGGUGCUCGCCGGCUGUUUUUUGGCCGUGGCGUUCGCCGAUGACACCGGCCUCACUCAGCACAAGAAGGCCAGGGAUAACAAAAGCGUCCUUACCAGCAUUCCAGGAUUCAUCAAAUGGCUCUACGAAAAAGUGAUAGAAGCUUUGCAAAAUAUGUCGGACACGACUGACAUCGAAGUCUGGACCUGCGUCUUGGGGAUAAAAGCGUACGUAAAAGGGCUAAGGAAAGGGCAAAUUUGGGCUUUGUCCAUGGUCGACGCUUCAGCCAAACUCCAGUCUGGCUUCCUGGUAGGAAACUUCGCCGACCUGGGCCAAUUUGACCAAUGCGUCGAUAUCGAACCUGAAGAGUACUCUUUAAAGGGGAUGCACUGCCUUACGGAUUUGAAAAUCACACUACCGGCAAACUUCACCAUUGAUAUAGACGGAUUAACCGUGCCCAUAAGCGCUCUGCUCGGUUCGAACACGCUCACAUUGACCAUGGGGCAAUGUUUUCCGUCUUCGUGUGAACCGUGGAUUUUAGAACGUUCUUUCAACACCAUCCUCCAAGGAGCGAACAUGUUGAUGACCGGGACGAAAAUGGAAGUGGCCAUUGAUCCAAACGAUUGCCACCUGAAGGAAAGAGGAAACUACUCCACAACAGAAUGGGUUGUUAUGAUAUUCAUUUUAUUUUUCGUUUUCAUAACUUCGAUAUGCACGACAGCAGAUUUCUUCAGCCUAAAGAACAGGAUCAAGAACAGGCAACCGUAUCCUGGUGAGCACAUGAUACUCGCUUUUUCUGCCUAUACCAACCUGAACAAGUUGAUAUCAACGAAAACCUCCCCAGACUCCAUAACUUGCAUCAACGGUCUCAAGGCGCUUUCCAUUAGCUGGGUCGUCCUUGGGCAUAAGUAUCGUUACCUAAUGAAUCAGCCAAUUACAAAUCUAGUUUCUAUCCCAAAAGAAAUCAAAAAUUGGACCAAAAUGUUCAUACUCAGCGCACCUUUGUCUGUCGACACGUUCUUCAUGAUUUCCGGCCUGCUGAACAUGUACGCCUUUUGCACUAUAAGGGCAAAGAAAAGGAAAUACACAAUAUUGGACGUUAUCAUUUCCUAUGUUCAUCGAUUUAUCAGAUUGACACCAUCAUACGCAAUGAUGAUCGCCAUCACUGCAACUUGGCUGUAUCGAACCGGCAAUGGGCCCGUGUGGGACCGCGUCGUCGGGAUUUCAAGCGAACAAUGCAGAACCGACUGGUGGUACAACAUCGCUUAUUUGAACAACUAUAUUAAUCCAAAUUCGUACUGUAUGAUGCAGUCUUGGUAUUUAGCUGCAGAUAUGCAGAUGUACUGGCUUUCACCUUUCGUACUCUACCCACUUUGGAGGUGGCCAUGGUUUGGAUACGUCGAAAUAGUCAUACUUGUCAUAGCUUCAAUAGCCUCGCCUUUCUCCAUCUCUUAUUUUGAGGAGAUAGUCGCUCCAAUUCCGAUUUCCACUAAUGCGACAGUCCAGAACUUUGUCAUGUCCGAGAUUUACCUGCCCACACACACAAAAACUGUAUCGUACGUAAUUGGUAUUCUCACAGGAUAUCUUCUAUACGAGAUGAAACAAAAGAAGAUCCAAUUUAAAAUGAAUUUGCUAGGUGGGUCUGUAUUGUGGCUGCUUACGAUCGCCUCGAUGCUUUACGCGGUUUACGGAGGAUACCAGAUAAUCCAACUGGACCAUCCUUACAACAAAAUCGAAUCUGCCUUUUACAUCGGUUUCUACAGGUUUUUCUGGGCGAUAGGGCUGAUGUGGAUCAUAAUCGCUUGCGUUAACAACUAUGCCGGUCCGAUAAAUGCCUUUCUUUCUUGGAAUGUUUUCGCCCCGAUAGGACGGCUGACGUACUGCAUUUACUUGACUCACGUCGCCGUUAUCCUGUACGGAAUCGGUUCUAUCAGGUCGCCGAAUUACUACACAGACUACGCACAGAUUCAUGGAUUCUUUGGAGAUAUGUUCAUAGUAAUAAUCUGCUCAACGGCUCUAUCUCUUUUGCUUGAAUCUCCUCUAGUGACAUUCGAAAAAAUUAUCUUUGGCGGAGCGCGAACAGGAAAUCGUGCCAGGUCCAGAAAGACAGAUGUAGAAGCUACUGGCAGCGCAGGGGCGACUGGCAUACACGGAGGCGAAAGACUUAAUUACUAAUUAAUUCCAUGAACUGCCAUUUUAAAUUAUUCAAACUAGUUUUAAAUUAUUUACAAUACUCUUUAAAUAAAUUAUAUACGAUUGUGUGUGUAUAUAUACACAACGAUAAGUUGUGUCAAAACAAGUAUUUAUAGUUCGAAUUUGUUUAUUCAAACCAAUUUUUAAUUUGAAAAAGGAUUUCAAGAUGUACAGAGGGACGGGACAAUUGUGACGAUACAAGCGGGCUAACGGGGAAUUCGCCCUAAGGGAUGUUGUUAAUCGAAGCGAGAAUAUCGAUAUUUCUACUUGAAAUGACUCGUAUAAAACAGGGUCGGCUGUCCGUCAGUUAAAACGAUAUAAUUUGAAAAGGCGUCGACGAACACUGCUGUACACGUGGUGAUCUCACAGUCUGUAAUUUGUCUCCCAUGUGCACUUCGCUGGGGUGUAAGGGGGUUUUUCAACGGUUGUCACUACCGAUGAUCCAGUACCCGGUAAAUGGGGCCCAUCUGGGCAAUAUUUCAAGACUAUAAAUAAAAUAUUCAAUGCCUUUUUGUUUUCUAA